UAACUCUAACAUUAUCUCUAAAACUCAACCUAGUAAUCUUAUCAACAAUCAACACCAAGAUAUUAAUUCUAAAGAACAACAAAUUAGGACUCUUUUUCCAAAAACCAACCAAAAUAAUAACAAUAUUAAUAAUCAACCUCCAACUACUAACAACGACCAAAACCAAAACUAA